UCAUUUAAACAAAUUAUACCUUAUUUUAUUUCCGAAACAGGAAAAUAUGUUUUAGAGGAACAGAUUUAAAAUAUUGUAACAUAAUAUAAUAAUAAAAUUUAAAAUAAUAUUUUUCGUGAGAUGUUGUAAAUAAGUCCUCGCAAUGGCUUUAUAUGAAGGAAUAGCACUUAUACAAGAAAAGCAGGCAGUAGUAUUGGAUCUUGGUACGGAUUAUACAAAGUUUGGUUUCACUGGCGAGCCCGCACCAAGAUGCAUAAUUCCAUCUCAGUUCUGGUGUCCGACCGAGCGGCGCAACAAACGUGUACACGACUACCGCACCACAGAGGAGCUCUACGACAACCUGGUGCAUAUGCUGCAUCUCUUGUAUUUUAGACAUGUGCUGGUCAACCCUAAGGAGCGCAAAGUGGUGGUGGUUGAGUCACUAUUCACCACCACACAGUUCAGAGAGACACUGGCUAAAGUGCUCUUCAUGCAUUAUGAGGUGUCGGGCGUGACGUGGUGGGACAGCGCGCGGCUGAGCGCCGCCACGCUGGGCGCGCCCGUCGCGCUCGUCGUCAGCCUCGGCGCGCGCGACGCGGAGGUCGUCGCGGUGGUGCACGGCGUGCCGGUGGUGCACGCGAUGCAGUCGCAGCCGCUGGGCGCGCGCGCGCUGCACGCGGAGCUGGCGCGCCUGCUGGACGAGGACUGCGGCCGCGAGCUGCACCUCACCGACCAGGAGCUCGAGGACAUUAAGGUGCGCACGUGCUUCGUGCCGUCCCGCAAGCUGGCGCUGGAGCUGGGCGACGAGGCGGCGCUGCGCUCCGUGCGCGGCGCGGAGUGGGCGCGCGCGGGCGGGGCGGGCGGCGCGGGGGGAGCGCUGCGCGUGUCGGGGCGGGCGCGCGCGCUCGCCGCCGAGCCGUUGUUCGCGCGCGACAACGAGCUCGCCUCGCUGCCCGACGCCGUGCUGCAGUGUAUACAGAUGUGUCCCAUCGACACGCGGCGCGCGCUGGCCGAGAACAUCCUGGUGUGCGGCGGCGGCGCGGCGCUGCCCGGCCUCGCGCCGCGCCUGCGCGACGAGCUGCGCCACCUCGUCACCCUGCCGCCCUACAAGGACCGGCUGCAGAUCAGCACGUUCAAGUUCCACACGAGCCCGUGCUCGCCCAACAUCAGCGCGUGGGCGGGCGGCGCGCUCGUGGGCGCGGCGGACGGCGGCGCGCGCGCCGACCAGCGCGACGCCUUCCUGCGCCGCCCGCGCCUGCGCGACUGGGCCUGCCUGCUCUCCAACACGCGCGACGCUGCGCUGCCGCCCUAGGCACGCGCACACGCGCACGCGCACUCGCGCACACGCACACAGGCACACCCGCACCCACUCACUUACACGCAAACGCUGCCCUGGACCACACUUGCUUGCUUUUGUUAUUACGCCUACACGUCACUUCCAAAUGACAAACACCGCGUGUGACAUUUGUGCUCCAGCAAAUUCAUAUUGUAAAUUGAAAUCAUGCUGAAAAUGUACACAAUUCAUUUAGACUCAGUGUGUAUUGAUUUUAUAAAUUACCUAUUUAUAACUGUCUCCUCAUAGGUAAAUUUAAUUUUAAGUUCAAUCGUUGAUUACUUAUAAUCUUAGAUUUUGCAAAUAGACUAGUAUAGUUCAUCCAACUUUUCUAACAAUAAUAUUGUUGGCCACAUAGACUUAGACAUAGGCAUAGAUUUUAAAAAAUACAGUGCAUAGACUUUUAAAUGCAUAUACGAUAAAUGUUUGUAAUAUGGAUCUAUAUAUACCUUAAGACUAAUAA